AUGACGAACAAAGUGCGACAAAGGUCGCACAGCAAUGGACCUGAGGUAAAUGAAAAGGUAGAUGAAGAACAAAAAACAAAAUAUUGGGAUCCUCUCAUAGAUGGAGUAAGAUGGAUAGAAAAAUAUUCAGAACCUUUGGAGAAAUUCUUCGAAAGAUUACCAGAAUUUAUAAGCACAUUUAUAGCAACAUUUGCCGUUUUCACAUUCGGUGCUACACUGAGAGGAGAAUGGGUGGUUAUACUAGUCACAGCUUUAAAACAGAUUACCGGACAAACCCAGACGGUCCGUAAUAUGACAACGGAGGAAAUAUACAAGAUGUUCACGUCAGAAAAUUUAAAGAUGGAAAAUUUCGCCUUUAUUUUCAUAUCCGCCCAUUGCGUGUCGUUUGGCACGUAUUUUGCUAUAGGCGGCUUUUUACACUGGUAUUUUUACGUACGAAGAAGACAUUUAGCACAUGAGUGGAAGAUUCAGCCAACCAAAUGGUUGUCCCCAGAACUUGAACGACACGAGAUUAUGAUUGGAACGCUUUCUCUUAUCGUAACUGGAUCUUUCUCAGCGUUUCUCGCUUGCUACAUCUACAACGGAAACCCAUCAACCGUGUAUUACCAAUUCGAUGAGUUUGGCUGGUUGUGGUUCUUCCUUCAGUUUCCAAUAAUUUUCAUUUACAAGGAUUACACCACUUAUAUUCUUCAUCGUUUGUACCACACGCCAUGGCUGUACAAGCAUUUCCACAAACUUCAUCACAAGUAUAAACAACCGACUGCCUUCUCUGUGACUGCGAUUCAUCCCGUGGAGAUUAUGCACGUCCAACUCACAAUGUGCUUGCCGCUCUUUACUAUACCUGUCCAUUGGCUAUCUUUCUCCGCUGUUGCCAUGUAUAACUACUAUCACGGUAUUAUCGACCACUCCGGUAUCAACUUCAAAGCUCAGUGGUGGCAGCCUUGGCAACCAGAGGCAGAAUUCCAUGAUAAGCAUCACGAGUUUUUCCAUUGCAAUUUCGGCUUCAAUAUGUCUCUAUGGGACAAGUGGCACGGGACAAUGAGAAAGACGAAUCGAAUAUAUACCGAAGAAACCUUCCAUGGUGAAGCACCGGAUAUAGAUUCGCCAGAAGCUAAAAAGAUGAUUGAAACAGAUCCUGACGUCAAAGAGUUUGUUGAGCAAACAAAAGCCAGUUUAAAUGAUAAAUAA